AUGACGAGCUCAGAUGUCGGUUUUUCCAGGUCUACAGACAUGUCAAUGGCAGUGAUUCCCUCCCCCCACCCUGAGCCCCUGCUAUCAGAGCCCCCGGUUCACUCCCCUGGCUUUGCUCCCCGUGGCAUCCAUCGGCUGUUAUUCCAGAGCCCCCCUUAUAGUGAUGCUAAAUUAGAGCUGCUGAGAAAACUGAGAAGCCCCCUGAGGGUGGAGCAGCCUCCUUCUCACACCCUGGGCUACGUGACCUGGCUAGAGGUCAGCCGGCUGCCCCCUCUCCUCCCGCUGCUCCCAGACCGACCGUACGAUAGCGCUGUGUGGAGACAGGUAACCGUGGCCCCCGCCAGCGCCAGACCCAGAGAGCCCAUCCCUGCGCCCUCUCGAAUGGAGGAGAACACAUGGAGUAAGUUCACUCGUUGCAGUGGAGUUCAGAGAGACACGAGGGAAGCACGUGCUUUAAAUAUCCGGAGCCAAGGAAGAGCUCCCGCUAUGGACUCACACGGGAACAUCCUUCCACCUCCUGGGCACAAACGGUACCCAUCACUAGGCGGAGGAGGUGCCAUCAGUGAUUUGGAACCCGCAGUCCUCGGCCCAAAGGAAUCUGGCUUCUUCUCGACCCCCCAACACCAGAACAAGCCCCUAAAACUGACCCUGCAGAGCAACUCCCCAAAUUACAGCCAAAUCCUGCAGAGGUAUCAGGAGCUUCAGAGAGGGGCGCGGACUGUGGUGCCACAUAACAGCAGAAUGAACACACCGAGGAUCACACCACGGGUGACCUGA